AUGUCUGCGAGGCUGUCACCCACUGCCCGGCGGUUGCGUACCAUCAUAGUCACUGUACCGAUCAUUGGGGCAACGUCUCUGGUGCUGUACAAUCGUCUUGUUCUGGGUCAACCGCGACGGACAUUUCCCCGUGGAGACCCUACGCAGUCAGACAAGAAAAUUCUGGAGAUCAAGGGAGAGCCUCAGGGAUCCACGUGGAGAGCAGAGCGGAAAACCGAGGAAGCAAUAUGGGGAGAAAGUGGACAUGUUCCUGACUCAACAACACGCUCAUAA